CUCGCAAUACUCUCUCUCUCCCCUCUCUCUCUCUCUCUCUCUCUCUCUAUCUCUCUUCUGUAAUGAUCACGUUCAAUCUCUGAGUUCAUAUUCGUUCGCAAGGAACAAAAAUUUUAUGAGUUGCUUAGUGGAUAUCUAAGGAAACACGUUAAGAAAAAUCAACAAUGGGACAAGCUUUAGGCUGUAUUCAAGUGGAUCAGUCCACUGUAGCUGUCAAAGAAGUUUUUGGGAAGUUUGAUGAGGUUCUUAAUCCUGGUUGUCACUUUGUGCCUUGGUGUUUGGGGCAACAGUUAGCAGGUCUCCUUUCGUUACGUGUGCAGCAGCUGGAUGUUCGAUGUGAAACAAAGACUAAGGAUAAUGUUUUUGUAUAUGUGGUUGCUUCUAUUCAAUACCGAGCCUUGGCAGAAAAGGCAUCUGAUGCUUUCUACAAACUCAGCAACACCAGGGAGCAGAUCCAAGCCUAUGUCUUUGAUGUUAUCAGGGCUAGUGUGCCAAAGUUGGAACUGGAUUCAGCCUUUGAGCAGAAGAAUGAAAUAGCAAAAGCUGUGGAGAAUGAACUUGAAAAGGCCAUGUCCCAUUAUGGAUUCGAGAUAGUUCAGACUCUGAUUGUGGAUAUCGAACCAGAUGAGAGCGUGAAGAGAGCCAUGAACGAGAUAAAUGCAGCUUCAAGAAUGAGGGUUGCUACAAAUGAGAAGGCUGAAGCUGAGAAGAUACUACAGAUAAAACGAGCUGAGGGAGAUGCAGAGUCCAAGUACCUGGCUGGGCUUGGAAUGGCUCGGCAACGUCAGGCCAUUGUGGAUGGGCUGAGGGACAGCGUGCUUGCCUUCUCCUCGAAUGUGCCCGGGACAACAUCCAAGGAUGUCAUGGACAUGGUUUUGGUCACCCAGUACUUUGACACCAUGAAGGAUAUCGGCGCCUCCUCAAAGGCUUCCGCUGUUUUCAUCCCACAUGGACCAGGCGCGGUGAAAGACGUUGCUACUCAGAUUAGAGAUGGUCUCCUCCAGGCUAAUACAAUGCAACGUUAGAGAUAUGGCUUGUUUGAAGUUUUACGCUAGUAUUUGGAAUGGUUGCUACUAUUACAAUUUGAGACAGUUUCAUCUCUGUUAGUGUUUCGAUUCCUGUGGACGUGUGGUAUAGUUUGAUGUAAAAAUAGUAUGGGAUGUUAAUCAUGUAUAUAGAUUUCAACUUGCUUUAUUAUAUUUGUAUGUAACAAAAGAGUUUUGUGAUGCAGAUCCUAUUUAAUUAGAGGAAGCUAGGUUUGUUUCUUACUCAAGUCUUCCUGGGCUUUGGCUGUUCCUUCUCUGCUGCCUAGGCCGCCUUCUUUUCUUCCUCUAAUUUAAAUAGGAUCUGCAUCACAAAACUCUUUUGUUACGGGUAUAUAAAGACCAAAAAAUUAGUUUUCUGUUA